AUGGCUUAAGCCAGAAAAGAGAAGAGAUGAGCACAGGAGACGCCCCGAUCACCCUGAAUUUAAUUCCACCACGCUGUAUGUGCCUGAAGAUUUCCUCAACUCUUGUACUCCAGGGAUGAGGAAAUGGUGGCAGUUUAAGUCUCAGAAUUUUUGAUCUUGUCAUCUUUUAUAAGGUGGGGAAGUUUUAUGAAUUGUAUCACAUGGAUGCUGUUAUUGGAGUCAAUGAGCUGGGGCUAAUAUUCAUGAAGGGCAACUGGGCCCAUUCUGGUUUUCCAGAGAUUGCAUUUGGCCAAUUCUCGGAUUCCUUGGUGCAGAAGGGCUAUAUGGUAGUAGGAGUGGAACAGACCGAGAUUCCAGAAAUGAUGGAGGCACGAUGCCAGAAGAUGGCACAUGUAUCUAAGUUUGAUAGAGUGGUGAGAAGGGAGAUUUGUAGGAUCAUUACCAAGGACACACAGACCUACAGUGUGCUGGAUGGUGAUCCCUCUGAGAACUACAGUAGGUAUCUUCUUAGCCUCAAAGAGAAGAAGGAAGAUUCUUCUGGUCACACUCGUGUAUAUGGUGUCUGCGUUGUUGACACUUCACUGGGCAAGUCUUUCAUAGGCCAGUUUUCAGACGAUCGCCACUGUUCCAGAUUUAGGACUCUAGUGGCACACUAUCCUCCGGUACAGAUUUUGUUUGAGACAGGAAACCUCUCAACGGAAACCAAAACGGUCCUGAAGGGUUCACUGGCAUCUUGUCUUCAGGAAUGUCUCAUACCAGGUUCCCAGUUUUGGGAUGCCACUAAGACUACGCAAACACUCCUUGAAGGGAGGUAUUUUACUGGAAAUGAAGACACUAGUGCAGCGCUGCCUCUGGUGCUUAAAGGUAUGACCUCAGAGUCAGAUUCUGUUGGCUUGACACCAGGAGAGGAGAGUGAAUUGGCUCUCUCUGCUCUAGGUUUCUACCUCAAAAAAUGCCUGACUGAUCAGGAGCUUCUGUCAAUGGCUAAUUUUGAAGAGUAUUUCCCCUUAGAUUCUGAUGUGGUCAGCACAGUAAAACCUGAUGCUGUCUUUACUAAAGCCAGUCAGCAAAUGGUGCUAGACACAGUGACAUUAAACAACCUGGAGAUUUUCCUGAAUGGGACCAAUGGCUCUACUGAGGGGACUCUGCUAGAGAGGCUGGAUACUUGUCACACCCCCUUUGGCAAGCGGCUCUUAAAACAGUGGCUUUGUGCCCCCCUCUGCAACCCUUCUGGUAUCAGUGACCGUUUAAUGUUGUGGAAGAUCUCAUGGCUGUGCCUGACAAAGUCACCGAAGUUGCAGACCUCCUAAAGAAGCUACCAGAUCUUGAGAGGCUAUUGAGUAAGAUUCACAAUGUUGGGUCUCCCCUAAAGAGCCAG